UUUUUAACGCUGGCUUUUUUUAAUCACUUUAUAAAGAUUUAAGAGUAAUACAUUUAGUGGAAUGUAACUUUCUUGACAAUGCUGUUCUAUAAUGUCUACUCUAUGUCUUUUUUACAGAAUCAGUAAAUAUGCUCAAUUUUAACAUAACUUUAAUUUUUUUGGCUUAUGGACCUUCUGGGCCUCUCAAUUAUGCAGUUUUCUUUGUCAGUUUGUUGACUUAUCUUGCAACGCUUUUUGCAAAUUUAUUGUUGAUGCUGGUGAUCUACCUUGACACAAGUCUUCACAAACCUAUGUACAUAUUUCUAUUCAAUUUGGCAUUGAAUGGAAUUAUUGGAAGCUCAGCAGUCCUGCCUAACAUCAUGAACAACCUUCUUGAUAAUAUGAAAUUGAUCUCCUUUCACAACUGUCUGUUUCAAGUAUUCUGUGUCAAUAUUUAUGCAGCAUGUGCAUACUUAAUAUUAAUGAUUAUGGCAUAUGAUAGAUAUGUUGCUAUUUGUAAACCAUUGCAGUAUCAUAACAUAAUGACAGCAAUGAAAGUUAGGUUGCUUCUAGGCAUAGCCUAUAUUUUUCCGAUUUGCUUUUUAGGUACACAAAUACAUCUUACUUCACAGAUGCCUUUGUGUAGGUACACUAUAAACAAGCUGUUUUGUGAUAACUUGGCAGUUAUCAGCCUCUCAUGUGUUAAGAGUGUAUUUGGAGACAUGUAUGGCUUGGCUUUGGUAGUUAUCUUUGUUGUUUUUCCUUUGUUAUUUGUGGUUAUGUCAUAUGUAAAAAUAUUACUUGUUAGUUUGAAAGCAUCAGCAAAUGCCAAAAAAAAGGCUUUAAAAACCUGUCUCCCGCAUUUAAUCACAUUUAUUAAUUUCUCAUCAGCUACUCUUUUCUCUGUAAUAUAUAAUCGAUUAAAUUAUUAUCUUCCAAAAGAGCUUAAUGUUUUCAUAUCUGUGCAUUUUAUUCUGAUCCCACCCCUCCUGCAUCCAAUUAUAUAUGGAAUGAAAACUGAAACGAUUACUCAAACUACUCCUGAGGUGGACUGGGUCCAGGGCCACUGGCCCACAUCCCUGGAUGAAGCCAUGCAGCUGUCGGAGAAACACUUGGUGACGGUUCACGUCCCUGGUCUUUCUCACUCUCUCGCUUCUCUCCCCUCUUAUUCCCCAGUUCCAGCUCCCCAGAAUGAAGGUGCCAGGGACCCCAAAACUGACACCCUGGACCCGGUUUCCUCCCUGAUUUUCUUCUCUCUCUACACAGGUAGGAUCUUCCGGGCAAAGCCUGGGCAGGUUUGCAGGCAUGGCGGGAAAGCCAGGCAUUUCCAUGAUUAUUGUUCUCUCAUGGAAGUGGGCCCUGAUGUGCCGCAGGCCUCCCCCGGUCGGGCAGGAAUGUACCGCAUGUCAGUUAGUAUACGAAUAGUACACAUCAGACCUUGGUGGACUCAGGGUGUAACCAGACCACUGUCCAUCUAA